GGACAAAUGUGGAUAAACGUUGACAUAAAGGAAUUGUUGCGUUACAUAUGUGCGAGAAUGAAGCUUUUGUACACGACAUUUGACGUAAUGGUAUCUGUUUCAGAAAUAAAAAAUCAAAUACUGGGUUACAGGGUCAAUAAUAUUUACGAUGUGGACAAUAAAACAUAUCUUUUAAAACUUGCUAGCACGAAGUCUGACGACAAGGCGAUAUUGCUUUUAGAAUCUGGCUCACGCUUACAUAUUACUGAUUUUGACUGGCCUAAAAAUAUCAUGCCGUCAGGAUUUUCCAUGAAGCUGCGUAAACAUAUCCGAAACAAGAAGAUCGUUGAUAUCUCCCAAGUCGGAGCCGAUCGCGUUGUUGAUAUCCAGAUUGGUUAUGAGUCGUCUGCUUAUCAUUUAAUUGUGGAGUUGUACGAUCGGGGGAAUAUGCUUCUUACUGAUGACUCAUUUACGAUCCUUCACUUGCUGCGUCCCCGAACUGAUAAAAAUCAGAAUAUUCGAUUUGCAGCCCACGAGAAGUAUCCUAUAACUUCCUGUCGUCAGAUCCUGGAAUGUUUUCGCGAAUUAAAAGACCAAAAAUCUUUAAAGGAUAUUGAGAAUUUCCUCACUCCAUUAUUCCAAUCAUCUAAGGGACCUUGGACUUCCAAUACAAAAACAUGUGACGACCCUUCCAUAAACAAAAGGUUAUCUUUGGAAUUACCUUAUGGCAGCGUCAUCAUAGAACACUGCAUGCGUAUAGCCGAAAACAAAGUCAAAGAGAUGAAGCAUCAUAAAGAAGAUUUCCAGCUACAAUCCGAAAGAGAGGACUUGAUGGAGUUGUAUGUCAAACACUUCGCUGUGGCUUUGAGAGAUAUUUUACUAGAACCACUCUUAUGUGACCGUCAAACGACUCCACAUGGUUAUAUAUUUGGGAAAUCCUAUCAAUCUUCGGACGAAGGUUUGCGAACUUAUGAAGAAUUUCACCCAUUCAUAUUCGAACAAUAUCGAGAUAAACCUCACUUAGUAUUUGAUAGUUUCAAUAAGGCAGUGGACGCAUACUUUUCAAAAAUUGAAAGUCAGAAAACAUUAGAACAAAUUUCACGAAAUGAACAAAAGGCUAGUAGAAAAGUUGAAAAUAUUAAAAAAGAUCAGGAACGGCGUUUAAUGUUACUAAAAACUGAACAAGAGUUAGAUAUGCAAAAGGCUUACCUGCUUGAAGCUAAUCGUCGGCUUGUUGACAAUAUUAUUAUCAUGAUCAAUCAUGCAUUAUCAAAUCAAAUAGACUGGAAAGAAUUAUCAUUAAUCGUUGAAGACGCAAAACAACGUGAUGAUCCACUUGCCUGUCAUAUUGUCGAGUUAAAAUUACAAACAAGUCAGGCUGUCAUACGUUUAAAAGAUCCUUUUGAAAGUUCAAGCGAUGUUAACGAAACCUUAAUGAAAUCAGGCAAGAAACAUGAAUAUACAGAAGUAGUUGUAGAUAUAGACGUCAAUGCUCUAACCAAUGCACGAAAAUAUUAUGAUAAGAAACGAGCUGCUAGUAAAAAAGAAGAAAAAACUAUCAGCGUUUCGCGCAAAGUUUUGAAAUCAGCCGUACACAAUGCUGAAAUGAAAAUGAAAACCGCUAAAACUGUUGCACAAAUUACAGAAGUUCGUAAACCAAUGUGGUUUGAAAAAUUCUUCUGGUUUAUCAGUUCAGAAAAUUACUUGGUCGUUGCUGGUCAUGAUUCACAACAAAAUGAAGUAUUGGUAAAACGUUACUUAAAACCGGGCGAUAUAUUUGUUCAUGCAGAUAUACAUGGUGCUAGCACUGUUAUAAUAAAGGCCCGACAUUUAACUUCUGAAGAGGUAGAUUCUUCAGACCAUCAGGACCUAUUGCAUCAACACAGUUUACCAUUACCCCCUCCAAAAACCUUGUUAGAAGCUGGAAAUAUGGCGGUAGUACUAAGUUCUGCAUGGCAAAGUCAUGUUCUAACAAGAGCUUGGUGGGUCCAUCAUGAUCAAGUUUCAAAAACAGCUCCAAGUGGUGAAUACCUUACAUCUGGUGCAUUUAUGAUACGUGGGAAGAAAAACUAUUUACCUCCAUGUCCCUUCGACUAUGGAUUUGGAAUUAUGUUUAAGUUGCAUGAGGAUUCUAUAGCUAAACAUGAAGGAGAGCGUCGCAUCAUCAUCAUAGACACGCCAUCUUACGAAAUGCCCCUUAAUCAGUUCGAAUCAUUAACCAUCCAGAAUAAUGAAGAAACUACAGCAUUUCCUGAUGCUUUUCUUCAACUUGAUUUAGCAAAUGAUCUCCCAAGACAUAAAGAUCCUGAUGUAUCGGAGAUUCUAUCAGAAAAUCCUUUUAAAAAAGUUAGGACAAGAGGUCAAAAGGUUGAAAAAUCGAAACCAACCAAGAAAACAACAAAUUUAAAUAAAGAAACCAUUGAAGUAAACAAGAAACUCAAUGAGCCAUUACUACCAUCAGCUGGUCAACCGGUUUUGAAACGUGGUCAGAAAGCUAAGCUAAAAAAAAUUAAACAAAAAUAUAACGAACAAGACGACGAGGAAAGAACUCUUCGUAUGAAAAUACUUCAGGGAGACGACGCCAAACCGAGUCAGUAUCACCAAAUUCUUGAACGUGAUCACUUGUCAAAUUUAAUUAAAAUCCCACAAUCUGUACGGGAUACUCAAGCUGUUCACAAUUCAGAUAGUAUACAAAAUAAUCAACCUGACUGUGAUAACAAUGAAUCAUUCAGUAAUUCAAGCAGUGAAAUUGACAAUCAUCCUGUCAAAUCAGAUGAAAGUGAAGAGGAUUUAAAAUCUUUAGAAGUUAAUGAUGUAAAAACUAAUGAUAAUGAUGAUGACGAAAAUAUGCCAGUUGAAUCGAAAGAUGAUUUAACUUCAUUGUUAAAUUCAUUGACUGGUCAGCCCAAUGAUGAUGAUUUACUAUUGUAUGCUAUUCCAGUCUGUGCUCCUUAUUCAGUUCUAUUAAAGUAUAAGUUCAGAGUAAAACUGAACCCAGGAACUACAAAGCGAGGAAAAGGUAUGAUAAACAACAUCUGUAUAUCCGUUUACUGUUUUACAAAUUAUUUUGCCAUCAUUAUCUGUUAUUUAGAAUGGUUAUCAAUCCUCAACUAAAAUAAUCAUUUUUCCAGCUUGAAAAUGAUUAAAGAAUUAAAUUUUCAUAUUCUCCACGACCAAUAAUUUCGGCCUAUCUUCUCUUACUGCGCUAAAAUAUUUUCAAAAUUAUACUCCACAUAUUUUCCAGCGUAGUUUUAUUUCGUUUUCCAUUACUGUUACUGGUUUACAAAAGUCAUAGGUAAUUCCUGUUCUGUACAGCUUGGUAUAUCCAUCAUGGAGUCCAUGAUAUUCUUGGACAUUGAUGUUAAUUUGAUGCAAUGAUUAAAGUAUAUACUGUUUAAACCGUGCAAAUUAUUUUCUACUUAUUACUUAAUAUGUAAACGCUACUGUGUGUUAACUAUUAUUUUAUCUAGUGUGCUUCUCAGUUGAUACAACGUAAUACUUCAUGUAAUGUCAGCAAUUUCAUAAUAGCAUCUGCAAAAGCUCGUUUACUGAGCAUCGUUUUCGUCUAAAGAAAAAAUUAGAAUAGCCUCUGUUGGUAGCUUAUUAACAGUAUGCUUGUAUGAUGACUUAUAAUUUAUCGAAGUGGUUGAGGAAUCUUUUAACUAAUUGCGCUCCAAAUUGCUACUGUCUGGAGGUACUCCGUAACGUCAGAUGUUCUAGACACUACUGAUUCAACUUCUGUCAGGAAUUGUAAAAUCAGAAGCCAACUACAAAGCUUUAUAGGACAAUGUAUUUCAUAUAAUUAGCAAAACUCGAGACAGCAAUUACAUCACGCACGGCGUAGUCAGCAGGAUCAACGUGUCUAAUCUCUCUGUUCACGGACAAGCAAAAUGAAAAUGUACAUUCGCCAGGGGUUCAGUUAAAUGUCUAAUGGUACGUGAAAUUAGGCUGUUACAAAGCAAAAUGACUUGAUAAACUUCAAUUAGUUGAGUAGCUGACUGACAUUUAUUAUGGUUUCGUGUUUAUGACUAGUAUAGAAUUUUUUUAUUUCUAUUUGCCUAAAAUUAGCAUCGAAAAUGGCGUUGUUUCA